GUGUCCCCGCAUCUUCUGACACAGGAGGAAACUGUGACUCACAGGCAUAAUAUGAGAACCAGGCUUGGAAUGAGUCUCUAGGCCCCAGAACAAAAGCUGCCUCCCCUCUUCCCUAACCAGGCUCCCCUUUCCUACAAUGCCUUUGUUUCCAUGUUGAGGCCCAGAUGGGCUCAGGGAUGCCCUUAGCUGGGCCUGGAGGCUCCUCCAGCUGGUGCUGAGGCCGGUGCUAUCUGAGAGGGAUGGGCCAAGAGGAAGUGUGUGGGGUGGCAGGAGGCCAGAUUUUAUCAAGAUCAGGUUGGGACAGGUUCUGUUUCCCAAAAAUGACAAAUUGGAGGCCAGUAGGGUUCGCAUAUAAAUCCCUACCCUGAGUGUCUUGGCCGCUGUAUUCCCUCCUGGGUCUCUCCACUACCUGGUCUGAUUCAAGAUGUCCAGUCCGCUGGAAGAGGCUCUGGCUGUGAUGGUCUCCACCUUCCACAAGUACUCCGGUCAAGAGGGUGACAAGUUCAAACUCAGCAAGGGGGAGAUGAAGGAGCUUUUGCAUAAGGAACUGCCGAGCUUUGUGGGGGAGAAGGUGGAUGAGGAGGGACUGAAGAAGCUGAUGGGCGACCUUGAUGAGGACAGCGACCAGCAGGUGGAUUUCCAGGAGUACGCCGUGUUUCUGGCACUGGUCACCAUCAUGUGCAACGACUUCUUCCAGGGGUCCCCAGCCCGGCCCUGAAGCAGAGCGCUCCACAGCCUGCCGUGUGUCUCCGGAGCCCAUAGGACUCUCUCUCUCUCUUUCUCUCUCUUGUUUAAUUUUGUACUAAAUAAACUUUU